AUGGCGACAUCCAAGACUCUCGAGGCUCGUUUUGAGCACCUUUCUAUGAAAGAUGAGAAAGAACAUGGUCAAACUGAGAGGGUUUAUGGCAAGCAGAAGGCCUCUGCUCCCGUCAACCAGGCAAACAGUAACUCCAACCGCGCCCAAUUACUGAAAUUGGCUCUCCAAAACACCAAUGAAAAUAAAGCCAAUGCUAUGAAUGUGCCUGCCUCGCCAGGAAGAGGCUCCCAUGGCGCACUGGUCACCCGGGCCACCGAUGAGAACGGCGACCAGCGCACGUCGUCUUCACUGUGUGACCAGCCAUCUGUCCCCAAGGACUUGCACCUGGGAAUGUUCGAGAUUGGAAAGCCGCUCGGAAAGGGAAAGUUCGGUCGCGUGUACCUGGCAAAAGAACGCUCUUCUGGCUUUGUCUGCGCACUCAAGGUGCUGCACAAGUCUGAGUUGCAACAAGGUGGCGUUCAGAAGCAAGUCCGACGCGAAAUCGAGAUCCAAAGCAACCUGCGACACCCGAAUGUCUUGAGGCUAUUCGGUCACUUCCACGACAGCAAACGAAUCUUCUUGAUCCUCGAGUUUGCCGGUCGCGGUGAGCUGUACAAGCAUCUUCGAAAGGAGCACCGGUUCCCUGAAUGGAAGGCUGCGCAAUAUAUUGCGCAAAUGGCUGCUGCAUUGAAAUAUCUGCACAAGAAGCACGUCAUGCACCGUGAUAUCAAGCCUGAGAACAUCCUCGUCGGCAUUCAUGGAGAGAUCAAGAUCAGUGACUUUGGCUGGAGUGUCCACGCCCCUAACAACCGGCGCCAGACCAUGUGUGGAACUCUCGACUAUCUGCCCCCAGAGAUGAUCAACCCCGGCUCUCAGUCCAACUACUAUAACGAGAAGGUUGACUUGUGGAGUCUCGGUGUCUUGACCUAUGAAUUCUUGGUCGGCGAGGCGCCAUUCGAGGAUACACCUGCCAUGACCCACCGCAGAAUUGCCCGGGCAGACAUGUCUGUGCCGUCCUUUGUGAGCCCGGAGGCCAAGGACCUUAUCAAGAGACUUCUCGUUCUCGACCCGUCGAAGCGCAUUCCUCUCGACGAGAUUUCGCGCCACCCUUGGAUUGUCAAGCAUUGUGUCAAGGAUGACAAAAGUGUGAAGCGGAGCAUGGGCUCCUCCAAGGACGGCAAAGCAUGA